AACGGUGAUCGAGACUUGAUUGUUAGCGGGAAGAUCGUCGUCGAAGUCCAGUAAGAACGCAAACGGUGUACUAGCCAAGAUUGGAGUCCAUCAAGGAUUCCUUAACUCUUCUGUUGAUUUGACCGUGUAUUUUUAUGGAUAUCAUUUGAUUGAUAUGCAACGAGCCCCAGAUCAAGCCGAUGAUAGGAACAACGAGGCCUCCCGGAAUCAAACAAAUUUCAAGCUUCAAGGGUCAAGCCCAGUAUGUGGCAGUAUAGAAUGUGUGCCGUUUCAUGUAACAUUGUUCGCUGGCUUUUCGUUGCUAUUGUCGUUACAAGACGGUGAUUCCUCGGGACCUCUGUGUCGAGCUAUAUGCUUUGUGCACUUCCAUUACUAUCCUUCGCACUUGCCUCAUUGUGGAGCCUGGGGCCUCUUUGCGGCAUUUUCUUUGUUUCUAUCGGUUCUUGUGUUGGACUUCGCUUCUUUCUCUUCCGCAACGAAAUUCGUGACCAGUCAAAUAACCGCCUGUGUAAUAUAUGGCUCAUGGGCGUUCAUCUCUUGCCAGAAAAUGUGCGUUUUCCUGUAUUGACAUGGCAGUAUUACCUUGUUGCGUCAUUAUCACAGACUCCGGAAGUCACUGGCAAUACGCGCGAUCGUCUUGGGUCUCAGUGUUUCCCGCUAGUGUGUUACUAUUCCCCUUUUACCUUACAGGCCACCAAAAGUUUCCU